AUUAUCCCAAAGAGUUAUUGGCAUUUCGCCUAUGCUGGUUGUCACCUAUGCUAUGCACAUGAUAGACGUCAAUUUGUCAAUAGACAUCGCUUCAAGUAGAGAGGUCUAGACUCCAAUCGUUUAUUGCCACAUUGCGCGACUUGGUGGUCAUCGUGGAUGGAUGGCGAAUUUCCCGAAGCGGAUUAUUGGGAGCCUGAUUCGUCUGACGCACUGGGUAAGUACUGUACAUGUCGGUCAAAUGUCCGACAAUGGUGCGUAGAGGCAACAUCCAAGGAUGAAAUUGGAGUCCACGAUGGGCGUGGAGUUGUUUACGGAGUACUGCACAUAGUGCUGGCAUUGAACAUGCUUGCGAGUUUCCGAGGUUAUUGGCCACGCAUUCUUCCAGCUCGCCGUCGGCGUCACCUGUUAUAUUUGAAAACAAGGUUAUGACUGGUCACCGGCCGAAGUUCCGAUUCGCGAAGAAUCACAAAGCUCGAAUUCGCUUGGAGGAUCAA